GUUUUUCCUAGAGGUUAGCACCUACUUUCCCAACGGCUAGCAGCGCGGCUCAGGCAGUGUGACAUUUUUGCAUGACUACUCACUGCAAAAUCGGAACUGGGAAACUGAAAAGCAGACAGAGCACACCCAUAUUCACGUGUCCCGCCGUUUGCUGUAGUCAUGUAGCGACGAUACGACGAGUGGGGAGUAACAGAAUCAGUCAUCGUGUUGUGAACUGCCACUUUCAACCAAAACAAUGUUGACUGAUGACCUGUGGACUCUUAUUAGCAGCCCGUCAUAUCAAGGAUGGAUCAAGGCGGAGUGAAGAAGAUAGUCUACAGAAGAAAUGACCAUCUAAGCAAACUGGUCUACACUGAAAGCCCUGAGGAGGGAGGUCUUCUGAAAGUGGCUCCUCACAGUGCCAUGUCCAUCACCUCUCCUCCUUCUGUCGUUCUUCCAUCCAGUCCCUUAAUGCAGCCCGGACAGGUGACCAACGGCCUCAGCAACAGCCCGCUCCCAGAGGAGCUGGCCUCAGCUCCCGCCACUAUCGGCUCCUUAGUUGAAAACUCAGAAACCAGGGGCCCAACCAAAGAUCAGAGGCCCGUGGAGCUGCAGUUGUUUCAAACUCAGACUUCCAAUACUUUUGGGCAUCAGGUCCUGCCUCAGUUGGAUGCCAGCAUGGCAGAUAUUACCCAGUCCUCCAUGGAUUCACUCAUUGGAGGGUCAGAUCCCAACUUAUUUGCUGUGAAAACUGAGGAUUUCUCCAUGGAUAAAGGCGAGCAGGACCCCAAUGAUCUGGACCAUGCCUUUGACCAUAUUGGUAAAGAUGUGGACAUGAACCAGAAACUGUUCAACGAAACCAGUCUGGAUCUCCUUCAAGAGUUCGACCUGACCGCAUCCCCGUCCGAUUUUUACGUCGGGGAGGACGCCUUUUUGUCCACACUGGCGGACGAUUCUUUGCUCACGGAAGGAGAGAUGAGAGGGAUAUCCGAGAGGGACAUGAAACCCGCAGCCGAGAGCGUCAACACGUCCGGGAGCAAAGUGACAAGCUCACUUGAAUCCAGCACCAGUGUGUCCAAGUCUGCCUCUUUAACCCCUACAACCACUUUCCCCGCCGUGGUGAAAAAAGAAAAAGAUACCAGCUAUAUUCAGCUCUGCACGCCGGGCGUGAUUAAGCAGGAGAAGACGUCUGUGGGCUAUUGUCAAAUGGGUGACUCAAACCCCAUCUCUAUCUGUGGGGUGAGCACCUCAGGGGGGCAGAGCUACCACUUCGGAAUCAACGCCAGUAACAACGACGCUCUGCGGGAGAAGGACCAGAAACCAGUGUCUGGCCUGUUCCUCCCAGUAACGACCAUCGGUGGAGCCUGGAACAGGAACCAGAAUGACAGCUCAGCAGUGCGCAGGGCCGGCGACGUUUUCUCCACAUCUCCCUCCUUCUCCUCCAGCUUUGCCAGUUCCAUCUCCAGACACGAAGGGGGCACUCCAACAUCCACAACACAGGGAAAAAGCGGGACUCAUAAAAUCUGCCUGGUGUGUUCUGAUGAGGCUUCAGGCUGCCAUUAUGGAGUCCUCACCUGCGGCAGCUGCAAGGUCUUCUUCAAAAGAGCAGUGGAAGGUCAGCAUAACUACCUGUGUGCUGGGAGGAAUGACUGCAUUAUCGACAAAAUCAGGAGAAAGAACUGCCCAGCCUGCCGCUUCCGCAAAUGUCUGAUGGCAGGAAUGAACCUGGAGGCUCGUAAAACCAAGAAGUUGAAUCGCCUAAAGGGAAGCCAGAACAGCAACCCGCCAGAGAUGAUGCCUUCACCGCCGGUGGAAGCUCGCUCCCUGGUGCCCAAGUGCAUGCCUCAGCUCGUCCCCACCAUGCUCUCCCUGCUGAAGGCCAUAGAGCCAGACACCAUCUUUGCCGGAUAUGACGGCACGCUCCCAGACACCUCCACGCGUCUCAUGACCACCCUGAACAGGCUGGGAGGGCGGCAGGUCAUCUCUGCUGUGAAGUGGGCCAAGGCUCUGCCAGGUUUCAGGAACCUGCACCUGGAUGACCAGAUGACCCUGCUGCAGUGCUCCUGGCUUUUCCUCAUGUCUUUCGGCCUGGGCUGGAGGUCUUACCAGCAGUGCAACGGCAACAUGCUCUGCUUCGCACCAGACCUGGUCAUUAAUGAGGAGCGGAUGAAGCUGCCCUACAUGGCCGAGCAGUUCGAGCAGAUGCUGAAGAUUUCCAGCGAGUUUGUCCGACUGCAGGUUUCCCAUGAGGAGUACCUGUGCAUGAAGGUCCUGCUGCUGCUCAGCACAGUGCCUAAGGACGGCCUGAAGAGCCAGGCGGUGUUCGAUGAGAUCCGGAUGUCCUACAUCAAAGAGCUAGGAAAAGCCAUAGUGAAACGUGAGGAGAACUCCAGCCAGAACUGGCAGCGUUUCUACCAGCUCACCAAGCUGUUGGACUCCAUGCAUGAGAUGGGUAGCGGAUUACUCAGCUUCUGCUUCUACACCUUUGCGAAUAAAUUCCUGAGCGUGGAAUUCCCCGAGAUGCUGGCGGAGAUCAUCAGCAAUCAGCUACCAAAAUUCAAGGAUGGGAGCGUCAAGCCUCUGCUCUUCCACCAGAAGUGACUGUUUCCCGUAGCAACAAUGCCUUAAACUCCCACCACGUCACCUCACCAGCCCCACGAAACCUCCCCCCGCCCACUCACCCCCCUCGGAAAAGGACUUUACGCCAGCAGGGAGCGGCUUUUUUUUAUUUUUUCCUUUUUUAACAGCAGCGAGUAUGCAUCUCUGUGAAGUAGGCCGACGUCUGGUGAGGGGGGGGAGCGAUGCUUGUGUAGGAACCAGACCGCGAGCACAAGACGCUUUUUCGCUGCGUUAAACAGGCUAAGAUGUAGUGUCUAAUAACGAGUAGGAAAUGUUUGUAAAGCUAAUGGCAAAGAGAAAUAGGCUAACAUUAAUGUCGUCUCAGGUGUCUUACCUUGAAAUUCAGAGCGAGAUCUGAAAUGGAUACAGCAAAUAUCUCUAUGUAAAGGUUCUGAUAGUAUUUUCUACAUUUUCAAAGUAACAGUUUAUAAACUUUUUUCCAGGUCGACGUUACCGAAAGAGGUAACCAAACGGAAUAACACGCUCUUAUUACGUAGGCUUUUUAUGUUCCACUUUUAGUUUUUAUAGGAGCUUGUAACUAAAUGUUUUUCAGUCGCACAAA